AAACCUCACCGUACAAACUCACCACCCAGUAACGCUAACAACUACCUAGCUAGGUCAAAAUAGAAAAAUUCACGACGAUUAAGUCCAAGAAGAAGAACAUGGAGGAGAACCAGAAGGGGAAGCAGGGCAAGGAAGAAGUGCGGUACCGUGGCGUGCGGCGGCGGCCUUGGGGGAAGUACGCGGCGGAGAUAAGGGAUCCGUCAAAGCAAGGGUCGAGGCUGUGGUUGGGGACAUUUGACACCGCUGAAGAAGCUGCUAGAGCUUAUGAUCGUGCAGCGUUUAACUUGAGAGGUCAUCUUGCAAUUCUGAAUUUUCCUAGUGAGUAUUAUUCUCAGAUAAGGGGUUCACCACCUUAUCCACCUCAUUUAGCACCACCAUCUUCUUCCUCUUCUCAUGGUGGUGGAAGCACUUCUUCUUCUGGUGCAUAUCAUAGGCCUGUUUUCGAGAUUCCUUGUUUGGAUGAUAAGGUGUUGGAGGAUCUUCUUGGUCAGUCAGAGGAGCACAAGAAGAAAAAGAAGGGAGAAUAGUACUACCACUCUACUCUACCAUAAUUUAUCUGCUAUUUUCUUUUUCCUUCAUUAACAAUAUAUAGUAAUAACUCAACUUUAUCUGAUCUCUCUUCAGAUCUAGAAACAAGCAAAUAUUACUAUAGCCUUCGUUACCUGUGUUUGUACAAGUUUCUG